CAAGUAUCAUUCCAGUCGCACAUACCUGUACGGCAUGCGUUACGCCUUGCUACGUUAAGUAUGUAUCACCAAUCGCUCCGAGAUGGCACUCACGGCGAUAAGGCAUUCGACGGAACGACUAUCAGGCCGCUGCUGCAGAAGCUGGCAGCCGUAUAAGAAGGGCUGCUGCAUUGGAUCCUGUGUCUAUAACAUUGACAGCAGGAUCAAAAACUAUCUCAUCGCUGCGUAAUUCUUGCAAAUCAAGUUUCUAGCUCGCUCCGACUCUGCUACAAUGUCAUUCAUCAGUCCAGCCGCACCUGUAUCCCUCUUAGGCAGACAUCGUAUCCUCAGUCCCACAGAGGCCGUCCGGGUCUCUCCCCUCUGUCUCGGUGGCAUGAAUUUCGGUGAAGCAUGGAAAGCCACUCUCGGAGAAUGCACCAAAGAAACAGCCUUUGCAAUGCUUGAUUACUUCUACGAGCAAGGCGGCAAUUUUAUCGACACCGCCGUCAACUACCAGUUUGGCGAAAGCGAAGAGUGGAUUGGUGAGUGGAUGGAGGAGAGAGGCGUCCGGGAUGAGAUGGUACUUGCGACCAAGUUUACUGGUAUGCAGAUCACCGAGAGAGAGAAAGAAGGGGGUGCGAGGUGCAAGAGUAACUAUGGAGGCAAUAGCGUAAAGAAUAUGCAUACAAGUAUUGAGCGUUCGCUGAAGGCGCUCAGGACUAGCUAUGUCGAUAUUUACUACGUCCACCUGUGGGAUUCAACAGCCUCCAUACCAGAGCUCAUGAACGCUCUCAACGACCUCGUAUCCUCCCGUCGAGUACUCUACCUAGGCAUCUCCGACACCCCAGCCUGGAUCGUCGUAAAAGCAAACUGCUACGCCCGCCAACACGGCCUCCGCCAAUUCUCAAUCUACCAGGGCCGCUGGUCCGCCGCCGAUCGUUCCUUCGAGCGUGAAAUCAUCCCAAUGGCACUAGACGAAGGAAUGGCUCUUGCGCCAUGGGGCGCGAUUGGCGGAGGAAGCUUCAAGACGAGAGCACAGAGACAGAAUCCAGAGGACGGCGGUAGAAAGAUGCAAAUGAUGGUUAUCGGCAACGAGGAGAAAGUCAGCGAUGUGCUCGAGGAUAUCGCAAACGCAAAGUCUCCAGUACCGCCCAUCACUUCCGUCGCUCUCGCAUAUGUUAUGCACAAGUCACCCCACGUUUUCCCUAUUGUUGGCGGUCGCAAGAUUUCGCAUCUCGAGGGCAACAUCAAGGCUCUUGGUCUGAGUCUUACGGCCGAAGAGAUACAGCAGAUUGAUACGGCGUAUGGCUUCGAGAUGGGGUUUCCGCAUCAGUUCCUGAACCCAGGGAAUACGGCGAUUAUGGGACCGGAGGAUAAUAAAUUUGCGAAUAAUAUGGGGUUUUUGGAUCAUGUCAAGGGAAUGAAGCCGAUUGCGCCGCAUCAAGGGGAGUUGGAGGAAAAGUAAUAUCAGCCCGUGGAGACUAAGAAAGGUGAAGGAGAUGGUUCACGCAUCACAAAGUUGGAGCACGAAGGCUUCAAAAGCUUAUCUGCUAUAAAAACGUAACAGACAGUGCGCAUAUAGCCUUCUGUCCACACUAUACGCUCGUCCUCAAAAUGCGAUCGCCGAAUGUAGACGUCGAUUGCCACUACGGUCAUUCACUAUGUGAA